CUGUGAUUGAACGACGCAUGCGCACUAUCUCCUUUAGCUAAUAGCCGAAACAACACAACAGUAGAACUUAGUUUACUCAAAUAGAGGAUUGUAUCUGUGUCAGUGUUGUGACAAUCACUGACAUUUAACGGACAGCAGGUUUAAAAACACAUUUUCUGAAGAUUUGGACGAUUAUGGUUGUCCGAGGAUUCGAGUAACGUGAGUGCCAUCACAUGUCCCAGCAAAAAGACAAAAAACGGUCUUUCUGUGGGUGUGACUGAUUGAUUUCAUCAGUGCAGCAGCAGCGGCAACAAACACUCGGCCAAGAGGCCAUGUGGUGGUUCCAGCAGGGCCUGUGCUUCCUGCCUGCUGCUCUGGUCAUCUGGACUGCAGCGUCCUUCAUCUUCGCAUAUGUCACAGCGGUGAUUCUUAGACAUGUGGAUCCUCUGGUGCCGUACAUCAGCGACACAGGAACCAUGGCACCAGAGAGGUGUGUGUUUGGCAUCAUGUUGGACGUGUCAGCCUUUUUAGGGAUGGCUACAGUGUAUGUACGUUACAAACAGGUGGAGGCUCUGACUGCGAGGGACGAGCUCAGACUCCACCGGCUGAACUGCUUUGGGCUGCUGCUCGGUUGGAUAAGCUCAUUUGGGAUGUGUGUGGUUGCAAACUUCCAGAAGACCACACUGUUCUCCAUGCACUUGGUGGGCGCAGUGUUGACCUUCGGGGUCGGGGCUCUCUACAUCUUAGUUCAGACGCUGCUGUCACUCAACAUGCAACCUCACAUCCACAGCAAGUCCAUCUACUUCAUCCGCCUGGGCAUUGGCGUCUGGACUCUGAGCAGCAUCAUCACCAUGUUCAUAUCAUCUGUCAUCAUGUAUAGCAGUCUGCCCGGGGUGGAUGUACCUCACAAAAUGCACUGGAAUCCUGGAGAGACGGGUUACACUGCUCAUCUCAUCAGCACUGUGUCUGAAUGGUCUCUGGCCUUCUCCUUCAUCAGCUUCUUCCUCACCUACAUCAGAGAUUUCCAGAAAAUUAAAUUGCGAGCUGAGGUAGAUUUGCAGAGCACCCACCUUUACGACGGGCCAUAUGGAGACGCUGUGGCAUCACUACAGUAUGAACGUGUGGCAUCUGAGGCUUCUCCACUGCUGACAGGACGAACGUGACCAACAACUGAGAACAUUUGACAAGAACUGCGGGAAUCUAGUCAUGUUUUUUUUUUUUUUUUAAAAAGAAGCUGUUUUGGCUUUGUUUCCUCUCAAAGAACAGACACUACCAGUUUAUCAUUUUAGCAUCCAAAUGAUUGAUACUAGCAUUUUACAGACGAUUUUGUUGGACGGUUGUGGGUGCUAUUGUAUUGAAUUUAGUGUAAAAUGCCCCUGCAAGGAGGUGGUUGUUAAUGUUUAAAUAAAUCUUUCUAAAUGUGAGCCAAUAACCUAUGGGGAAAAAACACUGUGCUGAGUUUCAGAUUUGUUAGGUUCAAAGUAACCUAACAAAAGGACGUUUAAAUAUUUUAACCAAUGUUUAUCUCUGUUUUCUUCACACUGCUUUUAGCUCUUCAUAUGAAACGGUUUCUCCCAUUAUUAACUUUUUUUAAUGUAAAAUGAACAAUACGUUGACACCUCUAUCUGCUGGAGAACCAGACAUUUUACUUAAAGUGAAUAUGUACUAAUUAUAAUGAGGUUUUAUAAUAUAACAUAGUACAAAUGUAUACAGCUACAUAAAACUUUGAAACAUUU